GGGACAUUCUCGCCGCCCUAGAUGGAGUAGAAGAUCUGGGAGCUUUGAGAGGAGACGGCGAGGACUGACGCGAGGCGCGUUCCUUCGGAGUUUUCUUUUUCUUGCGAACCCUCGCGCACGCACGCAGCCAGCCCUUUGGUCUGCCGACUGCGGACAGGAGGUGGAGAAGCUCCAUCCCCCAGGUGGCUGAAGCCUGGCGGCUCGGGGAGGACCUCCCCAGAGAAGCCGUGCCCAGGAAGUUUUCCGAAGCGGAGGCAACGGUGCAGCCGGGGCCGCCGCCGCGCCGGAUCCCGGGACGCUCGCCAUUCACCCUCGCCUGCUCGGCUUCAACUCGCCCGGGCGCCGCACGCGGACCGGGCAGCCGUCUGAGCUCGCAGAGCUCCACGGUGGAGAAAGGAAAAAAAAAAGAGUGUCAAAUCAACAGAUUAAGUGACAUUUCCUGAAAUUUGCAUCGAGAUGGAAACCUUUUGGCUCAGGGUGUCCUUCUGGGUGGCGCUGGUUGGAGGUGUCAUCAGUGAUAACCCUGAAAGCUACAGCACAAACCUAAGCAUCCACAUGGACAGUGUCACCACUUUCCGUGGGACAGAACUUGGCUUCGUGGUUACCACUCAUCAACCCACGAAUCUGGCCCUCCCCAGCAAUGGCUCAAUGCACAACUAUUGCCCACAACAGACUAAGAUUACUUCAGCUUUCAAAUACAUUAACACUGUGAUAUCAUGUACUAUUUUCAUCGUGGGAAUGGUGGGGAAUGCAACCCUGCUCAGGAUCAUUUACCAGAACAAGUGCAUGAGGAAUGGCCCCAACGCGCUGAUAGCCAGCCUUGCCCUUGGAGACCUUAUCUAUGUGGUCAUUGAUCUCCCUAUCAAUGUAUUUAAGCUGCUGGCUGGGCGCUGGCCUUUUGAACAAAAUGACUUUGGCGUUUUCCUCUGCAAGCUGUUCCCCUUUUUGCAGAAGUCCUCAGUGGGGAUCACCGUCCUUAAUCUCUGCGCUCUAAGCGUUGACAGGUACAGAGCGGUUGCCUCCUGGAGUCGUGUUCAGGGAAUUGGGAUUCCCUUGGUCACAGCCAUUGAGAUUGUCUCCAUCUGGAUCCUUUCUUUUAUCUUGGCCAUCCCUGAAGCCAUCGGCUUCGUCAUGGUACCUUUUGAAUACAAGGGUGCCCAGCACAGAACCUGUAUGCUCAAUGCCACGUCAAAAUUCAUGGAGUUCUAUCAGGAUGUCAAGGACUGGUGGCUGUUCGGGUUCUACUUCUGCAUGCCUCUGGUGUGCACGGCAAUCUUCUACACCCUCAUGACUUGUGAGAUGUUAAACCGAAGGAACGGCAGCCUGAGAAUUGCCCUCAGUGAACAUCUCAAACAGCGUCGAGAAGUGGCAAAAACAGUUUUCUGCUUGGUUGUAAUUUUUGCUCUGUGCUGGUUCCCUCUUCAUUUAAGCCGCAUUUUGAAGAAAACUGUGUAUGAUGAAAUGGACACAAACCGAUGUGAAUUACUUAGUUUCUUGCUGCUCAUGGAUUACAUCGGUAUUAACUUGGCAACCAUGAAUUCGUGUAUCAACCCAAUAGCUCUAUAUUUUGUGAGCAAGAAAUUUAAAAAUUGUUUCCAGUCUUGCCUGUGCUGCUGCUGUUACCAGUCCAAGAGUCUGAUGACCUCGGUGCCCAUGAAUGGCACAAGCAUCCAGUGGAAGAACCAGGAGCAAAACAACCACAACACAGAGAGGAGCAGCCACAAGGACAGUAUCAACUAACCUGGAGGGACAUUUAUCGGCGUACUUCAAGCCCUACUGGAGGAAAAAGUCAGCACAGCGACUGCGUCCCCAGGAAUCUGUCCAUCCUUCUCUCGUGACUCGGUCCCACCCCCUGGAAAAACAUUUCCCGAAACACUGAAGGGCUGACCGGUUUAUACCCACAAAUUCAACGAAUCUUACUUCUUUGAUUUAUCUGAUCUACAUAUUCUGCAUGUUAUAUUCAGCCCUAAAAAAUGGUGGGAGUUGGCAGGGGGAAAGGAGAUUGUUCAGUUAAACCAGAAGGAUAUUUACUACCUUUGCAUGAAAAUAGAUUUUUCGAGUACAUGGCAAACUUUCAUGGUGGUUCUGUAGAAUGUUCAAUGAGAGCAGUCACCAUGAAAAAGUUAUAGAGAUUGUAACAAGAUUUUCUAUCUUUUUUGUAAGUAAUUUUGGUUUUUUGGCCAAACACAGUAUGGGUUUAAGUCUCCUUUGUUUGAAAUGUUAUUCAGUGCCAGUAUUUUUUAACUGCAUAGUAGCCUACAGUUGAUGAUCUGAGCUCAUUGACACAUAUUUUCGUCCCUAAAAACACAUAAAAUGGAAUUCAGGUGAGACAUUAGGUUAGUGUUUCUCAUGUCACCGGCUUAUUUUUUAAAACAUAAAUUCUCAAGCUGCAGGAGCUUACAGGACCUUAAAGCACAGACUGAUAUCCAUAUAUGGCAGUUUAAUAGCUGCUAUGCAAACUUUUUAAGAACCUAUAUUUUCUUUUUUAAUGGGGUUUCAUUAUAGGAGACCUUGUGCCUAUUUUUCUGUUAGAUUGAAAAAUAAUGCUUGAAUCAAACAGUUCUAUUUUUCACAAGCCUAGUUUUUUAAUGGAAGCAUUUUAUGUAAAAUCAAAAUACCAUUUACUAAAAUUUAAAUGUAUGUAUUGUUUAACUAUGCCCAAGACUUUCAGUGAAAUGCAUAGAAGUCCAGAACGAAGCAAGAAAAAAAGGAUUCUGUAUUUUUAGAAGAUUUGGAAAUUCUCAUUGAGGUUUAGUUUUGGUAAUAGUAACAUGUAUAUGUGUGUGUGCAAAUAUACACAUAUGUAUCAUGUAUAUAUAUACAUGCAUAUACAUAUAUACAUGUAUGUAUAUAUUCCUUUGCUUGCUUUUAAAAAUGUUAACUGGCAGUGAGACUUUUUUUGGUCAUUCCUUUUCCAUAUAGGAAUAUGGAAAACAUAAUUUCAAAGUGGCCAGCUGAGUUUAUCGUGUCAAUGAAAUAUAAUUACUCCCAGAUGCUGCCAUGAACUUAAGGUUCUUCAUGUCCCUGGGUUUUCAGUAUGAAUCUAAAUGCUUUCCCUACCCACACUCCUCACAUGGUCACCAUUUCAAAAGGCCCACAGUGACUUCUGCUGGGCAUUUUCCACGAUGUUUACAGACUGUGAGUACAGCAGCAAAUCUUUUACUGUGUGUAUAUAAAUAUAUAUGUAUAUAAACAACCGUAAAUUCCUUUUA